AUGGUUACUACACUGCUGCAUCUGAUCUGGACCCUCUCGACCCUUCCCCCAGCGAAUUCUCCAGACCACCAUAGACGUGGAUUGUCCCGUGUGGCUGGACUUCUUCUAUGGCGGGUCUGUCUCAAUUCCAGACGGUUCACCACUUGUAUUCGCGAAUCCCUCAUCACAACCUGCGCAGGACGCAGCAGUUUAUCAAGGAGUUUUUAUGAGGAUAUGAAUAUUUCCAACAAGGAAGUUAUUGAUCGACUUGGGGAUAUUGCUAACCAGGUGAGGAACUUGGAGUGUCGAAAGGUGUGUGCAGAUCAGGGUAUCUUCGCAGGUUACCAUCAUUCGCACUCAAAAUGCGCACUCCCCUGUGAAAUGACUUUAUAA